UCUCCCUCUCUCUAUCUCUCUCUCCCUCCCUCCUCACUCUGGGAGAACUCAAUGAUGCCAUCCACCAAGUCACCUACAACCAAAGGAUUCCGCAGGACAGUGUCUGAACUGGAUUCCAAGCAAGCAGAGGCUGUGACGUCCCCCCGGUUUAUUGGACGCAGACAGUCGUUGAUUGAAGAUGCCCGUAAGGACCGGGAAGCGGCUGUGGCAGCCGCGGAGGCAGGCGACGCCGGGGACCAGCUGGUGUUCGAGGAGGAGGACGGUAGAGCUAUCGUCAACCUGUUCUUCACGCUCUGCAAUGCCAAAAACUCAUCCCUGUCCCGCACCCUCAAAGUCUUCGAGACCUUCGAGGCCAAGAUGCACCACAUUGAAACCAGACCCUCGCGGAAACACAAAGAUAACCUGGAAGUGUUAGAGUUCUUCAUCCGCUGCGAAACAAACAGUUCUGAUCUCAGCACCUUGGUGAGCUCUCUGAGAAGAGUGGCCGGGGAAGUGAAGACAACUAAAGAACAGAAGUUUCAUUGGUUUCCAAAGAAGAUUUCCGACUUGGAUAGAUGCCACCAGCUAGUUACCAAAUACGACCCAGAUCUGGAUCUUGACCAUCCGGGUUUCGCUGACACUGAAUACAGGGAGCGUCGAAGACAAAUUUCAGAAAUUGCAUUGACCUACCGAUAUGGUCAGCCAAUCCCCAGAGUGGAAUAUACGGCAGAGGAGAUCGGCACCUGGAGAGAAGUGUACACAACUCUGAAGAGCCUGUACCCGACCCAUGCCUGCAGUGAACACGUGGAGGCCUUCAGGCUGCUGGAGAGACACUGUGGCUACAGCGAGAACACCAUCCCCCAGCUACAGGCUAUCUCCUCCUUCCUGAAAGAACAUUCCGGGUUCCAGCUGUGGCCGGUGGCCGGGCUCCUAUCGGCUCGGGAUUUCCUCGCCAGCCUGGCGUUCCGGGUUUUCCAAUGCACGCAGUACGUCCGACAUGCUUCCGCCCCGAUGCACUCUCCAGAACCGGAUUGUUGCCACGAGCUGCUCGGACACGUGCCCAUUCUGGCUGACAGAACUUUCGCACAAUUCUCCCAGAACAUUGGACUUGCCUCCUUAGGCGCCACGGACGAGGAAAUUGAAAAGCUUUCUACACUGUAUUGGUUUACUGUGGAGUUUGGUCUCUGCAAGCAAAAUGGAACAGUGAAAGCAUAUGGGGCUGGACUUCUGUCCUCCUAUGGAGAGCUGAUUCACGCUCUCUCUGACGAGCCGGAGUUACGGGAGUUUGAGCCGGAUGUGGCAGCUGUGCAGCCGUACCAGGACCAGACCUACCAGCCCGUGUACUUUGUGUCAGAGAGUUUCAACAACGCCAAGGAGAAGCUCAGGACAUACGCAGCAAGCAUUAAGCGACCAUUCUCAGUGAAGUACGACCCCUACACCCACAGCAUAGAGGUGCUGGACAACCCGCAGAAAAUCAGGCAGUCGCUGGACACCCUGAAAGACGACCUGAAGAUCCUGACCGAUGCGCUGGACAUAAUAUCCUAAUGUCCGGCUUGGCGCAGAUCCCGGCCUGUCUCCCUGUCUGCCCGGCCUGUCUCCCUCUCCAAUCCAGCCUGUCUUUCUGUCCGUUUAUUCCUUCGCUCUGUCCAUCUCAUGUUGCCAGCUUUGCCAAUCAACCUGGGAGGAAUGGGAGAUUUUGAGUGAGUGAGUGUGUGUGUGUGAGUCUAUGAUAGUGUG